UUAUUGACAAUCCCUCAGGCGAAAUCCACUGAUGAAGGCACAUAUAUCUGUGAAACGGAUGACAUACAUCCUGGUCACACGAUCUCUUCUCCACCUGCACUUAUCCAUGUUCAAAAUCAUGAAGUGCCUGUAAUUGAUCCUCCAUUGCAAACUGCAAUGGCUGGUAAGCCAGCCGAAAUACACUGUUGGCUACCUAACAGACCGUACGCUUCGUUGAGAUGGCGUAAAGAAGAGGGAAAGAUUGCUGAAGAUGCUAUUGACAAGGAUGGUACAUUGACGAUCCCAAACAUAAAAUCUUCGGACGAGGGCAACUAUAUUUGCUUUACGGAUGAUAUUCAUCCCGGACACACAGUUUCUUCAGCACCCGCACACAUUCUUGUUGAGCAUUCUCAAGUACCUGAAAUUAAUCCCCCGCAACAGACGGUAGUGGCUAAUCAAACCGCCCAAAUAAACUGUUGGUUACCGGAUCGACCAUACGCGACCUUACAAUGGCGUAAGGAAGAUGGGGAUCUAAGUGAUAAGGCUGUUGAUAAGGACGGUAUAUUGACAAUUCCGAAUGUUAACAGUACUGAUGAAGGCACUUAUGUAUGUUUCACAGAGGACGUGCAUCCCGGACAUAUUAUCUCCUCGGCACCUGCCCUAAUCCAUGUUCAGAAUCCGCAAAUACCUCAAGUCGAUCCCUCUCAACAGACCGUAACUGUCAAUUCAGUAGUGCGAAUCAGUUGUCGCCUACCUGGUCGACCAUAUGCAACACUGCAAUGGCGUAAGGAGGGUGGUGAUAUCAGUGAUAAAGCCACUGACAACGAUGGCGUAUUAACUAUUCCUGAUGUAAACAUUUCUGAUGAAGGCACAUAUGUAUGUUUUACGGAUGAUGUUCAUCCUGGGCACACAAUUUCUUCUGCACCUGCACUUGUUCAUGUUAAAAAGCCUGAUGUGCUUGUGAUUGACCCACCUCAGCAAACAGUGACCAUAAAUGAAACUGCUCAAAUACAGUGCAGUGCACCAAAUAGGCCUUACGUCACGCUUAGAUGGCGUAAGCAGGAUGGGGUUAUCAAUGAGAAUGCCACAGAUAUCAGUGGAUUUUUGACAAUCCCUCAAGCGAGA